AUGGCUGUAGUUACCACACCUAACAUUAUACAGAACAUGGCUGUAGUUACCACACCUAACAUUGUACAGAACAUGGCUGUAGUUACCACACCUAACAUUGUACAGAACAUGGCUGUAGUGGUCAAACCUAAUAUUGUACAGCACAUGGCUGUAGUUACCACACCUAACAUUCCACACCUAUUCACCAUCAAACUGAUAUCUAAAGUCGGGUAUACCGUAUCACUGUCAGCACUGAUCAUCGCAUUCCUUAUCUUGGCUUUUCUGAGAAAGCUUCGUUGCCCGAGAAACAACCUACACAUGCAUCUUUUUACGUCGUUUCUCAUGAGAGCGUUGAUGUUUCUUUUGAAAGAUGCUCUCUUCAUCGCCGGGAUGGGAUUUCGAAGUAACGUAGUUGUGUCCGAAUCUGGCGUUCCCAAGUUUCUGGAAUCCAGAAAUAAUAUAGACUGUAAAGUUUUCACCAGUUUAUGGCACUAUUUUCUGAUGGCUAAUUACUGUUGGAUUCUAAUGGAAGGACUUUACCUUCACAAUCUUGUUUUCCUGGCCAUGUUUACCGACACCAGCGGCAUCUCUCUUUACGUCGUCAUGGGCUGGGGUCUUCCGCUGAUCUUCCUCAUUCCAUGGAUUAUAGUACGAGCGUUGCUGGAAGACUCUCUAUGUUGGACAACCAAUGAAAAUUCUGGAUAUUUCUGGAUCAUCCGUGCACCAAUCACAACAACAAUUAUCGUAAACUUUACAUUCUUCGUGAACAUCACCCGAGUGUUGUUUCUGAAGAUGUUUGUGCCUUUAACAACACAAGCCAACAGGUACAGGUACAGAAAGUGGUUUCGGUCCACGUUGGUGCUGGUACCAUUAUUUGGCGUCCACUACGCUGUGUUAUUAGGGAUGUCAUUUUCUGCUGGUGUAAACAGGACCGCAGAGUUAAUCUGGUUGUAUACCGACAUAUUGUUUUCUUCGUUCCAAGUAAG